AUGGAAACUUGGUUCACGAUUCUUGGCUGGACACUAUCCAUUGUGGCGGCGGCUGGAAAUGGCUCCAUUAUUUUUCUUGUGUGCAGCAAACGACGGCUCUUCACUAAAACCAACGCUUUUAUCAUUUCUCUUGCAGUAGCGGAUCUCGGUGUAGGGGCUAGCGUUUUCCCCUCAGAGUUUUCCUCCGAAAUCGGCAAAACCAGCCACAAUUCGUCUUCAAGAUGUAAGAACUAACAAUCAAUGGGGAAUACGAUGGCUGUUCGGCUACGCAUCUGUGACAAGCUUGUGCAGUUUAGUUCUGGAUCGUUACGUGGCGAUUGUUACGCCUUUAAAGUAUCUAAAUUUUAUGAGCCGAAGUCGUGUUAUCAAAAUGAUUUUUGUUUCCUGGGCAAUCCCUGUAGGAUUUGUCACAACUUCAUUUUUCUCCAGUUAA